AUGAUCACCGCGCUUCGGAAGCACAGCAGCAGCGAGACGACGCCGCACAGUCCGAAGAAGCAUCGGAAAAAGAAGAAGGCGAUACAGGAGGCGCAAUCGUCGCCGAUCGUCGUCGGCGACGUCGUCGAGGCGACGUCGAAGAAGCAGCGUCACAAGAAGAAGAGUUGGCGCGGCGAGAAUGCGGCGCGGAAGCUCAGCGAGGCGCUUCCCGCCGCCCUCCGAAGUCCGACGCAAAUUUUGAGACGCGCGAAGAAGCCGCUCGGGCCGAGCCUCAGCUGGGAUCCCGAGCAUCGCAGUCGAUCGCCGUCGAUGACGCGCAGUCGUGUGCACUCGGAUGGCAGCUCGGAGGCGGCGGCGACGACGACGACGGCGACGACGACGCGCGAUGACGAUCAGAUGAUGUGCAUCGAGGAGCCGCGAUUCGAGCUCGAGAUCACUUGUGUGCAUUGCGCGAUGACCGCCGAGCAUCGACGACGAAUGUUGAAGACCGAAAUCGAGAGCGCCGUAAUGCGACUGGCGCGUCGUUUGGGGAACGGCCGAAGCAGCGGAUGGCGAGAUGAGAACGGACCAUCGACGAGUCGGACCGCUGGUGGACACCAUCACCAUCAUCCGCCACCCCCUUUAACCGUCAACAACAAUAUCAAUAGUAAUCAUCACUCGCAUCAUCGCGGCACGACGCCCGACAUUGUGGUGUCGUCGAUAAGCUCGGACGAUGAGGACCAUCAGAGUAUGGAUCGGUGCACGAGCUCCGAGAUGGGCAACUCGCUUCAAUCCUCCGUUGCUAGUAGUCCCGGCUCGUCGGCAUGCACGAGUCCGUCGAUGCCGCGAAACGGCCACGAGAUGACGUUCGACACGCCGGCGUCGGACGCGUCGCCGCCGUCGCCGCUUCGCCUUCAGCCGCCGGCGCUCCUCUCGCCGUAUCCCGACUCGGCGUCGCCGCCGCGCUCCAACUCGGUCGAUUUGUCGACGCUUCGACGCGACAUCGAGCUGUUGUCGGUGUCGUCGGGCGAUUCGGACGCGGCGUCCGACAACGAUUUCGAGCCGCCGACGCCCGCCGAAUCGGUGCGCACAAAAGCUUUGGCGAAGUCCCCGGUGGUUCGCCGGACGGCUGCCGAUCAGGAAUCGCAGAACACACUCAACAAACACCGAUCGAGCCGCUAUUGGGUGGAGGAAGAGGGAAUGUGUUUAUUUAAAAAUGUUGUAUUCCAGAUCCAUCCGUCGGAGCACAUCUGGCUUCCAUCAUCCGCCGGCUCAUCAGCAUCAGCCGAUUCCGAAUGCUACGUCGGCGAAAAGGAUUGUCGUCGUCAGGGCGAGAAGCGUCGCUGCGCCGCGUGUCAUAUUGUCGCCCACGUGGCGUGUUUUUCCUUAUUAGGAAAACUGAAUCUUGGUUGUAAAACAACGUUUCGCGAUUAUUCGCGAAAAACGAGCUCGAAAGAAUCAUUGGACGGGUUGAGCGCCCAUCAUUGGGUCCAUAAAUGGAGGCAUGAGGGACGGUGCAACACAUGCGGCAAAUCGUUCCAACAAAAAAUGUUCUUCCAGGGUAAAGAGAAGAAGGAAACUAUCGCGGUGACGUGCUCGUGGUGCAAAGAAUCGUACCAUCUGAAAAAUUGUUUUGUUCGCGAGAAGCUCGAGGAGCGCUGUCAGCGCGGAGCCCUACGCGAGAUGAUCGUUCCGCCCAACUGGAUUCUUCGUCUCGCCCAUCGCAAGCGAAGCAAUCAUCGACACGGCAAAUCCGGCAAACGGAAAGCGUCGAGGCAGUUCAUCGUGAAACCGACCGACCUCUGGCUCAACGCGCCAUCCCAACCGCUUUUGGUGUUUGUGAACCCGAAAUCCGGCGGCAAUAAAGGGGCGAAAGCGCUUCACACCCUCUGCUGGCUUCUGAAUCCGCGACAAGUCUUCGACAUCACUUCUCUGAAAGGCCCAAAGUUUGGGCUCGAGAUGUUCCGCAAAGUCGUCACUCAGCUUCGGAUUCUGGUGUGCGGUGGCGAUGGAACCGUCGGAUGGGUGCUGUCCACUCUAGACAAUCUUAACUGGCCGACGUAUCCAGCCAUGGCGAUAAUGCCGCUCGGAACCGGCAACGAUUUAGCGAGAUGCUUGGGAUGGGGCGGCGUAUUCUCCGACGAGCCGAUGAGCCAACUCCUUCAGGCGAUUCUCCACGAGACCACCGUCACCCAUUUGGACAGAUGGCGAUUGGACGUCGAGCCGAACACUAGUGUGGUGCUUGAAGGCGAUGACGAUGAAGGGAUGCAGUCGGCGUUGCCGCUGACCGUCAUGAACAAUUAUUUCUCGAUUGGUGCUGAUGCUCACGUCGCCUUGCAAUUCCAUCAUUCAAGGAGCGCCAAUCCGCAGAUGCUCAAUAGCCGAUUGAAGAACCGAAUCGCCUACGGUGGUCUUGGCACAAUUGAUUUGUUCAAGAGAAGCUGGAAGGAUCUAUCCGAAUAUAUCACACUGGAAUGCGAUGGCGUCGACAUGACGCCAAGAAUCAAAGAGCUCAAACUGCAUUGCAUUCUGUUCCACAACAUCACGUAUUAUGCGGGUGGCACGAUUCCGUGGGGCGAAUCGUCGGAUCAGAAGCCGAGUUGUUGCGACGGCAAGGUCGAGGUGCUUGGCUUCACCACCGCCACAUUGGCGGCGCUUCAGAUGGGCGGCAAAGGCGAACGAAUCGCGCAGUGCGCCACAUUCAAAGUGACGACGAACAAGGCGAUUCCGAUGCAGGUCGACGGCGAGCCUUGCCUCCUCGCGCCCUCAUUGAUCAGCAUGACGUUCCACAGUAAGGUGCCGAUGCUGAAGCGCGAGAAGAAGACGCCGUGCACGCCGAAUCUGAUGAGAAGAAGUACGAAGUCGGGCCAUCGCGAUUCGCUCGUUCAAAACACGUCGCUCAUCAUUCAAUUGCCGUUGAUAGUCGUCGGCAAAGCGGACUAUGACAAUUAUAAGGAUUGUUUCGAGCGUUUGAAGGAUACCGCGUAUGAGAUUGGCAUCAUCAACAUCGAAUCGGAAGCGGAGUUGAGCUCGGCGAGGGUUCUCAUUCAACGAAUGCUUGUUGAACACCACUCGCUGCCGUACGAGCCGGACAAGAAUUGGAGGUUUUUGGAUUACGUCUCGAACGCCGAAGAGGGCACGUUUCGGGUGUCGAAGCAGCAGGAAAUGGUGCAGAGUGUUAGCGAUGUGUGCAACACCGAUGAAUGCAUUCUCAUAUUGGAUCACGCGUUUCCGUCGAUUACUGAUCGAGAAGCCGUCGAGUUGUUCCAGCCGACGCAGCCGUCCUCGUCGUCGUCGUCAUCGACUCAACGCUACCACAGCUCGCGGCGAAUUUCCGAAACGCUUCGAAUAGUGCUAAGCUCAGAUGUUCAAGAAACGCACCUUUAG